AGCUAUCGUGGUUGUUCAUCAUUCUUCUUUUUUUCGUUUAUCGUGGAGACAUGUCCUUAGCACAGCACGUCUCUGCCGCCGAAGGUUUUGAUCGUGAUCCAGAUGUCUUUGACGAUUUGGCGAGCUUACCGCUCCAGCUCUCAAGAGUAUCCUCUCGACAACGUCGGACCAGCAUAAGCUAUGACCCAGUACCGUCAGAUCCACUUGCUCAGCAAGUGAAGAAACUUGAACCAGUUGCAGCUUAUGAAGUUUCUUUCAAGAAAAGACUUGCCCAGGUUAUCAUCGGAGUAAUCUCCUGCACACUAGGAUCUGGAAUCGUCUUUGGAUUUGCGGCGCUUAAACCCAUUCUCAUAGACAGAGAUGCAUACAGAGAGCUCUGCACUGAGCAAGAGCUUCGAGAUGGCGUCGUCGUCUGUUACAUGCAAGAUUUGAAGCUCAACUUGGCUUUCAACAUGGCAUCUGUAACAACAAAUGUAUCCGCACUCCUUGUAGGGGCACUGCUCGAUCGAUACGGACCUCGUUUCUGUGGUUUGAUCAGCGCGGUCGUGUUAUUUCUGGGUAGCUUGUGUCUAGGUUUUGAGCAUGAGCUACCCUUUGACGCCGUCAUGGCUGGCCAUGUCCUUGUCUCUCUAGGAGGCACGUUCAUUUUUGUGCCUUCAUUCCAUCUGUCGAAUGCGUUUCCUCGGUACCAAGGUCUCAUUCUGGCCCUCGUGACCGGCGCUUUCGACGCAUCGGCCGCGGUCUUUCUAGGCUUUCGCCUAAUUUACGAGCGCACACAGAAGACGUUUGGCUUGAAGCAGCUCUUUUUAGCUUAUCUUGCUGUUCCCACAUUUAUUUUCAUCACACAACUUUUCAUUAUGCCAUCGAAAAUAUACGAAAAUCGGAUUGAGCUUCAAGAGGCUGCGGAAAGGGCGCAAAAUCCCGCGCAAGACGUUCACGACUCGGAUGAUGAUCUGGAAGAUAGCGAAUUGUGGCGUGUCAGGACGAUGCGUGCCGAGGAUCGCAAGCGGAUCCGCGCUGAGGUGCAGUCUCUACUUGGUGAUGCGGAUGAGCAGGCUAAACACGACGAGAAAGAAGUGGAGAGACACAUCCGUUCGCAAGCAUGGGGGGCUUUGCAUGGGCUUCCAGUCAUUGAACAGAUCCGAACGCCGUGGUUUAUCUUCAUUACACUCUUCACAAUUCUACAGAUGGCCAGGAUGAAUUUCUUCAUAGCCACAAUAUGGAGUCAGUAUCGCUACAUGCUUCAAUCUAUUGAUCUGGCCAACCGAAUCAAUAAACUCUUCGACAUAGCACUGCCUAUCGCAGGCGUAGCUACAGUACCAUUUAUUGGUACUCUACUGGACAAUUUGCCCGUAUCGGGCGUUCUUGCUCUUGUUGUUGGAAUUAGCACACUCAUUGGCGUUUUGGGCGUGUUGCCGUUCUUGUGGGCUGGGUAUGCUAACGUAAUUGUAUUCUGCCUGUUUAGGCCGUUAUACUAUUCAGCCAUGUCAGAUUAUGCUGUCAAGGUCUUUGGUCUGGCAACUUUUGGGACGAUCUACGGAACCAUUGUCUGCAUAUCUGGACUCCUCACUUUUACACAAUCAGCGAUGCAGGCUCUUACACACCAAGCGUUUCAUGACGACCCAACACCAGUCAACCUGUCACUUGCCGGCUUGGGACUCGUCAUUGGAGUCGCGCUGGUGACAUACGUCGCAGUCGCUGGAAAGCAUGUACAGCAUGAAGUCCUCGAGGAAGAAGAGAGGAGGAGUCAAAUGCCGUCGGAUGCUACGCCUAGACUUCGUCCAUAUAUGAGUCCAAGCCUCGGACCUUCCUACGGGACUAUGAGAAGUGGAAGGGGACCUCCAUCAUUGCGACCUAGUUUGGCCAACUUGAGGCAGCUAGAUGCUGUGAAUGAAGAAGCAGUCCCCGGAAAUUCAAAUGAAAAUCAUGUCAAUCAUCUUGGCCUCUCCUAGUUUGAAUUGCUAGGUCAGUGUUCAGAUGAAGAAGUCUGGCUAUCAAGAAUCUUAUUUUGAUAUCCGAACCUCCGUAUUGCAUCAAGUACGCGAACGCUGUACGCGUUUAUCACGGACCACUAAUUUUAUCUAAACGGUCGCAUUGUGAACAAGCAAAGAAAAAAAGUUUGUAGUAUUGCACCGUAAUACCAGUGACAGUUUAUGUGUAAAGUAAGAUCGAUUCGGGUAUCUUUUGGUUAGGCUGCCGUAUGUAUAGAUAUUUUUAUACAUGUGCAUGUGUGUUGCUUAGAAGAUAAACAAUGAAGAUAAAUGCUGCUUUUUCA